AUGAUUGUGUAACAAUGAACUAGUCCGACCUUACUCGUCACUUCCCUGAGCAAGGCGGCUACCGUGCGUGUGGCGUCACUGCGCUUAUAUACGUACAGUUGUGACGCCACGAUCUCGCGAGAUGAGCCAAGGAGCUGGACGGUAACGGCGUUGCGGUACGUUCAAGCAGCGAUCCGGGACUGCGGACUGUGUUAAGAAAUAUCGGGACUGUCCCGCGAAGAGCGGGACUGUGGGGCGGUAUCUGAACGGGGUCAGCCGAUUAGCAGCUCUCACAUGUGAAUGCCGGGAGCCUAUAGUUGAACGUCCCAUCACAGCCGGUAGUGGCUCUCCCUGUGUCCUGCAGUGGCAGUCCUUACACAGACCUAAAGGACAGGGAAACAAAGUUGCAGUACAGAACGGUUCGAUGCAUCAGAAAGAUGCAGUAAACGAUGAUGACUUUGAGCCAUAUCUAAAUAGCCAAACGAAUCAGAGUAAUAGCUAUCCACCAAUGUCAGACCCAUACAUGCCUAGUUAUUAUGCUCCAUCCAUUGGAUUUCCUUACUCUCUCGGUGAAGCAGCAUGGUCAACAGCUGGUGACCCACCAAUGCCAUAUUUAUACGGACAGAUGAGCAAUGGGGAACACCACUACAUACCAGACGGAGUGUUUAGUCAGCCUGGUGCUUUAGGAAACACUCCUCCCUUCCUCAGCCAGCAUGGGUUUAAUUUUUUUCCUGGCAAUGCAGAUUUCUCAACGUGGGGGACAAGUGGAUCUCAGGGACAAUCAACACAAAGUUCUGCUUACAGUAGUAGCUACGGAUACCCACCUAGUUCUCUUGGUAGAGCCAUAGCUGAUGGACAAGCUGGAUUUGGGAGUGACGCUCUGAGCAAAGUGCCAGGCAUUAAUAGCAUUGAGCAGGGCAUGACAGGGCUGAAAAUUGGUGGUGACAUGACAGCUGCUGUAACAAAAACUGUAGGAUCAGCUUUGUCUAGUGCAGGGAUGACAAGCAUAGCAGCAAACAGUGUACCUCCAGUUAGCAGUUCAGCUCCUAAACCAACCUCUUGGGCUGCUAUUGCUCGGAAGCCAGCAAAGCCUCAACCUAAAUUAAAACCUAAAAAUAAUGUGGGUAUUGGUAGCUCUGCUGUUCCUCCACCGCCUAUAAAACACAACAUAAAUAUUGGAACUUGGGAUGAUAAAGGGGCUAUUGUAAAAACACCUCCCAUUCAAUCAGUUCUGCCUCCACAGCCUGUAAUUCAACAGCCUCAGCCAUUAACUCAACCUCUACCCAUGGUGCAAAACCAACUGCCUCAGCAGCAGCUACAGCAACAAGGACCUCAGCAGCCACCUCACCAGAUUCAGCAGCAGCUUCAAAACCGCUGGGUGGCACCUAGAAACAGGGGGGCGGGCUUCAAUCAGAACAAUGUAUCUGGCAAUGAGAAUUUUAGUUUAGGUGUUGUGCCUGUUAGCUCUUCGCCUUCUGGUGUUGAAGUACACCCAGUUCUGGAGAAACUGAAGGCCAUUAACAACUAUAAUCCCAAAGACUUUGACUGGAGUCUAAAAAAUGGACGUGUGUUUAUUAUCAAGAGCUACUCUGAGGACGAUAUUCACCGUUCUAUAAAGUACACAAUCUGGUGCAGCACUGAACAUGGCAAUAAACGUUUGGAUGCUGCUUACCGAUCCUUGAAUGGAAAAGGCCCACUUUAUUUACUCUUCAGUGUAAAUGGAAGUGGACAUUUUUGUGGUGUAGCUGAAAUGAAGUCUGUUGUGGACUAUAAUGCUUAUGCUGGAGUCUGGUCCCAGGACAAAUGGAAGGGAAAGUUUGAUGUCAAAUGGGUCUUUGUCAAAGACGUUCCUAAUAACCAAUUGCGGCAUAUUCGUUUGGAAAACAACGAUAACAAGCCUGUUACCAACUCAAGGGACACUCAAGAGGUACCCCUAGAAAAGGCCAAGCAAGUUCUUAAAAUAAUUGCUACAUUCAAGCAUACAACCUCUAUCUUUGAUGACUUUGCACAUUAUGAGAAGCGUCAAGAAGAGGAGGAAGCCAUGCGUAGGGAGAGGAAUAGAAACAAACAAUAAUCAUACAGCGAUAUCCUGCUAUAAUCACAACACUAAUGAUGUAGACUCUGGAAACGUAUACUAUGUUGAAGAAUACAUUUAAUGCUUUUUAUUUCUGCUUUGGUGAGAUCGUUGGACACUUUAACACAAAAUUGACUUUUUUUUCCCCCCUCCUCAUAAUGGUUUCAUCAUCUGCCCUGAUGCUCUCUCACCAAACACACUUGAGAACUUUAACUUUGUCAAGCACUUUCUGUCCUGAUGCUUUUACCAGUAUCUGCUGUCUUUUUUGUAAUCAUGCAUCCUAGCUAAAUCUCUGGAGACUCAUUGAAUGCAAGGUUCCAUUGUUUUAAAAUUGUUUAAAAUACUAAAAUCUUGUUAGAAAAGUUGUUGAUGUGCGAUUCACAAUGUUAAGUUUUUCUUUAUGCAUUUUAUGGUGUCCUAUUAGAUGUGGAAGAUUAAAAAAAAAAAAAAAAAAAAAGCGCAAAUCAUGUUAAAUUCCAGAGUAAACCUGAAUUGUCUGAAAUCAUUGUAAUAAUAAUAUGGCACACCAACUUAAUACUUUAGCUUCGCCAAAUUACUUUCAUGCUGUCGGCAAAUACUCAUUGACUGAUUUGUUUUGACUGUUUGGUGUAAGAGAAUAUUAAAAUGCAGUUUGUGGCCACCUCAAGUUUAAUGCACAUUUUUGUAUUACUGUAACUUUUUUGCUUUUCUGCCGAAAGCAGUCCUGAGUACUGACGUUUGGUAGCAAAGGGGGCAUAAUAGCACCUUUCUUUUGUACAAAUCAGUUUCACAAAUCUCAGUGUUAUUACCUCAGUCCAGAAGAGACUUUUAAUGACAUUUAUACCUGCGGAAACUUUUAAACUUAGGUCGGCAAGCUUUAGCAAGUGCUCCCAUAAAAUUCAGAAUUUUACAAUAAAAACCCGAUUCUUAAUAAUCUAGCAUUUA